GCCACCAAUUUUCUCCUACUAUGGUCUGCUGUCUCAAAUCUCACCCCAUUCAUCGGUGCUGUCCUUGCAGACUCCUAUGUGGGGCGAUAUUCCAUGAUCGCUUUUGGAUCUGUUGCAAGCCUACUGGGGAUGGUUCUUCUAUGGUUAACAACUUUGAUUCCUAUGUCAAAGCCACUUUGUGAGGGAUUUUUAAACGACAGCUGCAAUAACUCUCCUACAACAAUUCAAUUUUUGAUAUUGCAUUCUUCAUUUGCCCUAAUGUCUGUUGGAGCUGGAGGCAUAAGAUCAUCCUCCUUGGCCUUUGGUGUUGAUCAGUUGACCAAGAGGGACAAAGAUGCGGGAAUCCAAGAGAGCUACUUCAGCUGGUACUAUGCUGCUGUUUCAAUGUCAUCACUGAUAGGUUUAACUGUUGUUGUCUAUAUUCAGGAUUACAUGGGGUGGGCAGUGGGAUUUGGAAUUCCCGUUAUCCUAAUGUUAAUAGCGACAGUAUCAUUUUUCUUAGCUUCUCGGUUUUAUGUAAUGGCGGAGGUUAAAAGGAACAUGCUAAGUAGUAUAGCACAGGUACUUGUUGCCUCUUACAAAAACAGAUUUCUUCAGUUAUCCCAGGAGACCGAGAAUGGCACAUACCACCAAGAGAAGGGUUCUGAUCUCCUAAUGCCAACUGAAAGCUUAAGGUUUCUGAACAAAGCAUGCAUAGUUAGAAAUCCCUCACAAGAUUUAACACCAGAGGGAAGAGCUAGGAAUCCAUGGAAUCUUUGCACAGUGGAGCAAGUGGAAGAGCUGAAGGCACUAGUCAAGGUAGUUCCAAUAUGGUCAACAGGAAUCAUGAUGGGUGUGAACAUGAGUCAAGGUUCCUUUCUGGUACUAGAGGCAUCUUCCAUGAACCGCCACAUCACUCCAAAUUUUGAAAUUCCUGCAGGCUCCUUUGUGUCAUUUAUGAUUGUAGCUCUGGUUCUCUGGGUUAUAAUCUAUGACCGCAUUUUAGUCCCUGUGGUAUCAAAGAUAAGAGGGUACCCAGCAAAGUUAGGAGCAAAGAAAAAGAUAGGAGUUGGUCUUUUUACUAGCUGCCUAUCAAUUGCAUCCCUUGUGAUUGUAGAGAGCAUUAGAAGAAAAAUUGCCAUUGAGCAAGGCUACUCAGAUCAACCAGAAGCUGUGGUGAACAUGUCUGCUUUGUGGCUUUUGCCUCGCCAAAUCCUUAAUGGAUUGGCUGAGUGCUCAAAUGUAAUAGGACAGAAUGAGUUUUUCCUCAAUGAGCUACCUUCAUCUAUGGCUAGUCUUGCUUCCAGUCUUAAUGGCCUUGGAUUUUCUCUUGCAAGUUUGGUAGCAAGUUUCAUUCUGAGUGUUGUGGACAGGGUUAGUGGAGGCGGAGGACAUGAGAGUUGGAUUUCAAGCAACAUUAACAAGGGUCAUUAUGACAGCUACUAUUGUUUAAUCUGUGCUUUGAGCUUUCUAAAUUUUAUAUAUUUUAUCUAUUGUAGUAAAUCUUAUGGUCCUUGUAAGGAUAGAAGAAAAUAGAACUUUAGAUCUUAUUUGGUAUUUUACUGGUAGAGGAAAAUAUUCUGCCUUAGAGGGAUAGACAGAAAUGAUGAUAGUAGCUGAUAAGAUUGGUAGCGAGUCUAUACCAUGGGCAGAGUAUUUGUUUUGUAGGUUCUUGAUGUUGUAAAAGAACGUAAUAACUGCUUACUGCAUGUUUUCACAAUGAAUUAUAGUGUUUGUUACAUGGUCUGUUGUUCUGUAUGUAAUGCAUACGCACAAGUUUAUACAGAAAGAAGUUGAUAA